AUGGAUCCGCUACCAAAUGUGUCGACUUCCCGGAGUUUGUUACACGACGACAACCCUGGCUUCAAUUGCUCUGUAUCUGCCAAUCAUAGGACCUCAACAAUGUCGCACCCACGCACACUCUCGGACUGCUGGAUCGUUUCUUUUGUCACUCACUGGAUCGCCUUGGACGACCCCUUCGCCAACCUCACCUGGAAUUGUUAUACCCUUGGCCUGAUCUGCUGGAUCUGUGCUCGCCUGAAACAGUGGAGAAACAGCACACUAACCCCCGACCCCAGCGACUACAGCUUCUUCCACGCCGGAAUGGUGCCCACAGGAAUGUUUUCCUUUUCUUCUCAAACAGGACCAUCGGACCCCUUGAGUGGUUCGUGGGAAACGACAGGAGAUGGAGCACAGAACUUCCAAGACCUCUCAGACAACGGAUCUGCCCACCCGGGAGACUCCGAGGACUUUUCUUUCCAAGUUGAUGGCCAUAUGACGCCCAGAGGACAGGGCCAGACAAACGAGGACCUGCAGAGCAAGUGGACUGCUACCACUCCCGCCACAGCCGUGGUGCCCGUCGGUGGUGAGCUUAUGCGAAGAGGGACUUCGCGCAGCUCCGCUGGAAGCCGCAAGCACAGGAUCACCAAGAUGACCUCUCCCAAGACCAGACCCAGAAUGACUUCUGCGGCCUCGUCUCAAGUAUCUGCACAGCUGUCCUCCAUGGACAUCACAGGUAACGCGACUGUCUUCAACGGAUCACAGCACAACGCCCAGUUGAUGGACGUAAACCCCUAUUUCCUGGACACGGACACGAGCGCCGUCUCGUCGCAAUGGUUCAACUCGAUGGAGCUCGGCAUUGUUCCCGACGGCCUGCCGUCCGGCGACAUGAACAUGCACGUUGUUCCAGCUCAAAUGCAGCUGGACCCUGACUCGAGCCUGGGUGCUCACUCUCCUUCUGCCUCCUGGAACUCCUUCAGCCCUGCCGAGUCUCAUCUGUCCUCGCCCGCCGGGAGCACCGAAGACUCGUGGCUGUCUGCCCCCCUCAUGUCCUCGCCGUCCCACUCGGAGCACGUCUCCCCCAUCAUCCAAAGCCAGUCUCCAAGGUACGUUUCUCAGAUCAGCUGCUCUAGCCUAGAGUCAGCCUCUGACGCGUCGCUUUUGUACAGCGCCAAUGGGAAGUUUCUGGGAGACGAGCUCGGUGGGAGCGUCCUCACCAUUGUCGGCGAUGCCCCUCUUCGCCCUGCUUUCCACAGCCGUCGGCCUACCAACGAGGGUGACUCCGCUCGGGACCACCCUCUGUACAAGAACGCCGCCCCGCAAGCCGAUGGCUUGUUCCACUGCCCGUGGGAAGGUGAAUCCAGCUGCAACCACAAGCCCGAGAAGCUCAAGUGCAACUACGACAAGUUCGUGGACUCUCACCUGAAGCCCUACCGUUGCAAGAUUGACUCGUGCGAGAACGCCCGCUUUUCCUCCACUGCCUGCUUGCUGCGACAUGAACGCGAGGCCCACGCCAUGCAUGGCCAUGGUGACAAGCCGUUCCUGUGCUCUUACGAGGGGUGCGAUCGCGCUAUGUCUGGCAACGGAUUCCCCCGCCAGUGGAACCUCAAGGACCACAUGCGCCGAGUCCACAACGACAACGGAGUCCCUGGAUCCCCGACCAGCACCAGCAACGGACAGCAGAGCUCCAAGGGCCGCAAGCGCAAGGAUGCGCCCAAGGCCGUCGGACCUGCCCCUCCUUCUCGCAAGGUCACUGCCAAGGCUGCCGCCGUGGAGGCUGCCGCCCAGGAGGAGGACUCUUCCAAGCCUCUCAUUGAGGAGUGGAUGUCCCAUCGCCAUGCCCUCGAGGACAUCAUCCGCGACUUGAACCAGCCCGAUGACACCAGGAACAUCCAGCUCAUUCAGGAUGCUCAGAACCACCUGUCCGCCAUGGGCAAGAUCGGACACAACCUGAGCCCGUCUCAGCCAAUGGAUGUCAAGAUGCCUUUCCACCGGAACUUCGUCCAGGCCGGAUGA